AUGCCUUCUGAAGCCUCGCAUCAGACUACAGCCCAUGGUGGUGUCUUGAGCUACAAAAUCGCCGAUUCUUAUUACAACGGCUUCGUACCAUACAACACCCCGGUCGGCCAGAGCUCCAUCCAGCGAGAAUGGGACACGUACAACCCUAUUACCGACCCGGUUGACCCGUCCCUCUCGUGCAACAUCAAUGGGGCAGUCCUUGCGUUGCAAAAAUCUGCCACGGUAGCUGCGGGCUCGUCCGUCACUGGAUACUGGAACCAAUGGCCUCACAGCAUCGGCCCGGUCAUGGUUUACAUGGCCAAAUGCCCCACGACCUGUAGUGCUGCGGAUACUUCUACGCUCGAAUGGUUCAAAAUCGAUGAAGCUGGUCUCAUCUCGGGUAACCUGACUACAGGCCUCUGGGGUAUGGGAGAGCUUAUCGCAAAUAAUAACUCCUGGACAUCCACCAUUCCGGAAUCCUUGGCUCCGGGAGAGUACUUCGUCAGGCAUGAACUGUUGGCAAUCCAUACCCCCGACCAGCCUCAGUUCUAUCCCGAGUGCGCGCAACUCAUCCUCACCGGCAGUGGCACUGCAUCCCCAUCAGGAAGCUAUCUAGUCCAAUUCCCUGGCGCUUAUUCUGCAUCGGACCCCAGCGUCACUAUUGACAUCUACAGCAGCGCUAAUGUAGGAGUGACUAACUAUACCAUCCCGGGACCUGAGGUCUGGUGUGGAUGA